AUGGCCAGGUCGACGAACAAGGCUCCGGCGAGCGGUGGCGCCCGGCGCGUGCUGUUGUUCCCGCUGCCGUUCCAGGGCCACAUCAACCCGAUGCUGCAGCUCGCCGCCGUCCUGCACGCCCGGGGCCUCCGUGUCACCGUCUUCCACUCCGCCUUCAACGCCCCGGACCCCGAGCGCCGCCCCGCGGGCUACCGCUUCGUCACCGUCGGCGCCUCAGUACCGAUCGCGGACCUCGUCCCCACCGGCAGCCACGGCAACUUCGCCGAGGCGCUGCUUCGCAUCAACGAGCGUCUCGAGGCUCCUUUCGAGGACAGCCUCCGGGAGUUGCUCCUCGAGGAGGAGGAAGCGCCGGCAUGCCUGGUGGUAGACUCCAACCUCCGGGGGAUCCAGGUGGUUGCCCACCGUCUCGGCGUGCCGACGCUGGUGCUGCGCACGGGUGCCGCCGCCUGCCUCUUGGCUUACAUGGCCUUCCCGGGGCUCUGCGAUAAGGGCGUCCUCCCGCCACAAGAUCAUUUGCAACUGAAUAUGCAACUGGAUGGUCUCCACCCGCUCCAGCAGCAAGACAUGGUCUUCUCAGCCACAAUUCCACAUGAAACGAUGUCCACCUUAAUAGAACGCAUUGUGGAAUCAUCAAUGUGUUCUUCAGGUGUCAUCAUUAACACCUUUAGCGAGCUAGAAGAUGCUGAGCUACAAAAGAUCAUCGAUGGCAUGGGCGUCCCGGUCUAUGCAAUCGGUCCACUUCACAAGAUAUCUUUAGGUGCCCAGAGCAGCCUGAUGGCUCAAGAUAGAACAUGUUUGGAUUGGUUGGACAAGCAAGAAGUAGGAUCUGUUCUGUUUGUGAGCUUCGGGAGCUUGGCAUCCAUGGAUCAGGAAGAGCUAGUGGAGACUGCAUGGGGCUUGGCCAACAGCCACAUGCCAUUUCUUUGGGUGAUCCGGCCUGACUCGGUUGAAGGUUUAGGGAAUAUAGGCCUACCCGUCGGCUUUGAGGAAGAGGCACGAGGUAGGGGAAUGGUGGUGAGCUGGGCCCCACAACAAGAAGUUCUUGGGCACCAGGCGGUUGGUGGAUUUUGGACCCAUAAUGGCUGGAACUCAACGUUGGAGAGCAUAAGUGAGGGUGUUCCAAUGAUAUGUAGACCACAUUUCGGUGACCAGAUGAUAAAUUCCAGGUAUGUCCAGGAGGUGUGGAAGAUAGGGUUUGUGUUAGAGGGCAAGAUGGACAGGGACAAUAUCCAGAGGAGUGUUAAAAAGUUGUUUUGCCACGAAGAAGGUGGAGAGAUGAGGCGAAGGGCAAAUAAUCUCAAAGACAAAGCAACCCAGUGCAUUCAGAAAGGAGGCUCUUCACAAAUGGGAAUUGAUUUGUUGGUGAAUUGCAUAAUGGCAUUACCUUCUUCCAUUUAG